GAAAACAACUAUUUUAUGGGGGAGAGAGAGAGAGAGAGAGAAGAGAGGAACAACAAAAGGCUGCAACACUUUUUAUGACCAAGACAGGACUGGGGAGGGAAGAAGAGUAUUAAAGGAAUGAGGAAGAGGAACAGCUCCUAACCUAAUUAAGAAAAUGGGUUUCAACAUAUUCCUUCUUGUUUGUUGAGUGGGUCUUAUCUUAUUUCCACCUCAAAAGCUGGUCUUUUAUAGUUGUGAGAUUUGAUUACAGCCCAGUGAAACAAAGAGAGAGAGAGAGAGUGAGAGAGAGGGAAGUAAAAACUAGUAAAUGCAUGUUGUAGCUAUCCCCUCCUAUCAUAUGGCUAUUAUCAAUAAAAAGAAACAAAAAAACAAGUGUUAACCAAUAAGCAUUGCUGCUUACACAUCACUUAUAAGAGCUCCAAACAGAUAAAACUUUGGUUUGGUGGGUAUUGAUGUUUUAUGUCUCUCUCAACCGUCUGUGUUGUGUGUGGUUCGAACCUUGUUUUGGGAACUAUAAUAUGCUCAAUUCCCUAUAUAAGAAAGAGGGCUAAAAGAGAAUUUAUAUAUAGGGCUAUAAAUUUAUUAUAGAAGUGUACUAUAUUUAUUUUGAACAAGGCGCUAAUUUAACCAACCUUUUUUUUUUCUCUCCUUUCAUAUAUAUCUGAAAUGGCUUGUCUUGUAGUACUUCAAUUGAGCGAAAACAAUGGUGCUAAGAUUGCCAUGUGGUGAUACUCACUCCUGGUAUUCAAUUAUAUGAGUGUGAUUCCAUAGGCUCCGGCUUUUCCUGAUACUCAAACACAAGAAAGGAAAAAUAUAAAAUCAGACAAAAGAGGACAAGCUAUUUAUUGAUGGUCUGAAGAGACAAAGCCAAACCAAACCGAGAGGCUAUAUCAGAGGUUAAUAGGCUGGGAACAAGAGCUAGGUACGUAAAACGUUAAGUAAAAGCUAAGUUAACCUUUUUUGUGUUAGCCAUGGAGUCUCCAAGAAGAAUCCAUGGAGGUGCUGAGGAGAAGAGUAGCUGUGAGUCAGGAUGGACUAUGUACAUAGAAGACACCUUCCACGGAAACCAUCACUCGGAAGUUGUCUAUGAUGAUGAUGACGAUGAUGAAGAUGAUUUCCAUGUAAAAGAGGUCGACCAUGAUGGUGGUGAUGACGACGACGAUGAUGAUGGUGAUGAUAGUAGUAACAAUGAGAGUGAUGACUCAAUGACUUCUGAUGCAUCCUCAUGGCCUAGCACUCAGCAUCCAAGAAACAACAAGAAUCAUGCAGCUUCAACAAAGAAUAGUAAUGCCAAACAACAACAAGUCAAUCAUGAGAAAGAGAACAGAGUUCGUGACAGAUUCAGCGACCAAGGUGAGGAAUCUGAGCUCAAGGCUAGAACAAGAACCACUGCAACUAGUCGUGUUAAAAGUAGAAGCAAGGUGAGCAAAACCAAAUAAAGUCUAUCAUACUGGUUUUUAAUUUCUUUAAGCAAGCUAUCCAAUGUUCUCUUCUGCUCAUCAAGGGAAAAAAAAAACUUAAGCAGUUGAUACAAAGUUCAGACCAUGUAGUUUGUUUCUACUCUUUUCUUUUAAAACAGGAUUAUGUUUUUGCUUAAUGCAAACUCCGUUCAUGUAACUUGUCUAUGUGGUUUUCCGUUUGGAGCUAUGCUAAUAAUAUCUACCUUUUUACACA